AGUCAGCACCUGUUGGGCCAUAAAAACACACCAAGAACAGGGCACACCUGGAACUAUCCAAAACUUCUGCAGUGCGGUGGGCAAGGAGACCAUGUGCUCUGUGGAGGAACCAUCAAGCUACUCAUGCAGAGCUGGUUUUCUGGAGGAGAUCAGCAUGCCCCUGGCUGGCUUGUAUGAAGGGCUAAGAAGGGUUAACAGUGUUUGCUCUCUCCAUCUCACCCCCUCCUCCUCCCUGUGCGUUUCUGUGACAGACCUGCUCUCCGGCCAGCUCCAGCAGUCUGGCUGGGGCUCUGUGCAGGAGGAGAGUCCGGCUGCCCGCAGGCAGCGCCGGCAAAGGUGCCUCCCAGCCCUCCAGAAGGAACUCUAGAACUGAAAAAGCAGCAAUCAGAAUGCUGAAGGUUUCAAAAUAAUGCAAGUCUAAAAUAACCUUUGGAAACACCCAACUUAAGAAAACACCAGAAGUCUCUGGUUAUUUUUCCUUUUCUUGAAAGACUGCAAGCAUUUUUGUUACUAUGUCUGCCCAGGAACCAUAUGGAAAAAUCAGUUCACUACCCUUAAACUGGUUGCACAGUUUUGGUUUUCAUCUGUCUACGGAGAACUGAGAAGUCUAUAUUGUUUUAUUUUACCCUUUUUCAGCAAAUAUAACAAGUGCUCUGGGAAUCAUCUGGCCAGGAACACAAUAGUACUGAAGAUGUUCUGGUUUUAUCUGCCUCUCCAUCUUCUCAUGGUGGCUUGCCUGUGUCAUUCCAUAAAAGUGCCCACCACCAGUUCCCAACUGAGCUUUAAGACUGAUCUCUUCAAUUUCUACCACUCCCUGAUACUUGCUGAUGGUAAGGAAACUACAGUUCACCUGCUGAAGGAUAUACCUAAAAGGUAUUACUUUGUUUUGGAGGAAGGCGGAGCCCUUGCACCUUUCACAAUAACAGUGACCCCCUGUGAUGUUCCCAUCGAAUGGAGCAUCCAUGUACACAAGGCUUCAGCAAGUUUCCUUGGAAAAGCAGCACGAGGUGAUCAUGAUACCCAAGAAGACUCAGAAUCUCAGAAGGCUCCAAGCAUGGUAUCCACCAUUUUUAACUAUAAAGGAAAUUCUGUAGAGACUUACAUGGGUAUGUCUUCUCAUUCUGCCCUUUAUAUGCUAGAGUUCUUAUCCACUGAGCGAGACACACACAUCACCGUGUACUUUACAACUGACACAACAUCUGGGCACCUCUACCCAGAACUUCCAAUGGAUCCACGCUUAGAUGUUGUUGGCAUUGGGCAUACAACAGUGACUCUGACCUGGAAACACAGUCCUUCUGUCUUGCAACAUAGAGAAAACAUCCAGUACUGUCUUCUAGUUAAUGAAAAGCACAACUAUAAGAGCUUAUGCGCCGCUGAGACAGCAAUCAGAUCCUCUGGAAUGAAACCACCACCUGCAUUGGCUUUGUCUCUCUCUCCUUACCUUCUUGAACCACAGCAGGUGAUGAUAUUGUCCAACAGUGAAUUGAGCAUCAUCAACAAAGCAAGUAGUGGGGAAGUCAGGCAGAUAUGCGUGGGUACCAAGAACACAUACACGGUGCCCAAUCUCAGCCCCAGCACUCAGUAUUACUUCGACGUUUUUGUUGUCAAUCUCCUCACAAACGCCAGCGCUGCUUACACUGGCACAUUUGCAAGAACCCUGGAAGAACCUGAACCUAAGGUGGUGGAGCUGAAAGAUGGGAAAGUGAUUCAGGUUGUCCUGGAUGGGAAAAAAGGUAAAUUCUACAGUCUGCAGUACCAGGCAAUGCACAAGAAAAUACAGUUCUCCUUUCUGUUGUGUCAUGGCCAAGCACGGAUUCACAUAACGAAGAAUGGUAAAACGGUGGCACUGGAAAACAUCUCAGGGCUGAGAUAUUUCUCUCUGAAGGGAAAGAUGCUGGACACAUAUUUGGUGCAGCUGAGGUCCACAGAGGAGUCUAACUCUUCUGUGAAAGUCCAGGUGUCCUCCCAUUUCCACAAGCCCUUAUUCCCACUUCUUCCAGAGAGCUUAAAAAUCAAAUCCUUCAGUAAACUGAGGACCUGCAACUCUGUCACCAUUGCCUGGCUAGGAACACAAGAGGAGAGCAAGUACUGCGUGUACAAGAAAAGGAUUGAAGAAGAUCAGGUCUGGAGGGAACUGCAGAGUGCAGACAGGUGCUCUGGACCUGAAUCCCGGCCCAAGUCAGAGAAAGUGCUGUGCAAGUAUUUCUAUGAUAUAAAUCUCCAGCGAGCUGUCACCACAGAGACAAUUCAAGGGCUGGAUACAGGGACACUUUACUUGUUUGAUGUUUAUCUCUUUGGGCCAUCUGGCAUCCCCAUCAGAUAUCACAGCAAAGUUGUGAAGACCAGAAAAAAAUGUUGAAGGUUUUUGAAGAAAGGUUUUGAAGUGAAUGAAGACUGUUAUAAAAAUCUAUGUCAAUCCAUGUCAUAGCCUGUGCAGUUUAAAACAUAUUGAGACAAAAAAUUUAAAGCCAUGAGAUUCUACAGAGGAAACAUCUUAGUUGUGUAGAUUAUUAUGCUUACUUUUGCAUCUUCGCUCCUUUAUAAGUUUGUUUUUCACCUCAGCUGUCUCAUUCAGACAUCAGAAACAGACCUGUGAAACAAAUCCAUGCAUAUGGAAAUGAAAUUCCCACAAGGGCACCCAAGAGAAAUACAUUGGUUACCUAAAAUACUGAAAUCCAAUACAGAACUGGUGGAAAAUGCCUCUCAAGGAGCACACAUCAUUAUUUUAAAGUCCCAGAGAGUAUCCCACUUUGUGUAACUCCACCAGCUAAUGGGGAACUGAGAUACCCCACAAGUCAGGCUGCUCUUGAGAAAAUGAAUUUCCCACUGUCUCUCCAACAGGGACAGAGACAAAAAGCAAUCAAAAAAAGGCUGUGGAACUGGUGUAAAGCCUCACAACUUGAGUGCAGCAGGCUGAAAGACAUCUUCCCCUAUCACCUGCAUGUUUCCUUGGCUUUCCUUUCUAUAGAGAACCUGUGCUUUGUUAGAAACCAACAAAAUUCAGGCCAGAAACUGGCCCAGCUCUUCUGGGGAGUGUACAAAUACACCGCUGUGUUGCUGCCCAUGGAGGAGAGCAGCCAGUAAGCAAUCUCACCAUGGAAAGGCGGUUUUUGUCUAUAUUCUGAUAUGAAGCCCAUGCCUAUCACCAUGUGACUCCUGAGUGUAAUAUAAUCACUCUUUGCUUCCUUAAGCCAACCUACAACAAUGAACGCAUUGCUUUAGGAAAAGUUAAAUGUGGUUUUCCUAAUAAAUAUAAUGGAGGGAAAAUAUUUGUAGUGAAAAAAAUCCUGACAAA